UGCAUAGUGAAGUUUGUAAAAUUAAUUGAGGCACAGAUUCCAAGAGGGUUAGGUGAAGAAGAAGCACAAAAGCUAGCAGAGCAUAAUAAAAAGAAAGUAGCCUUUAGCCAAACCGUAGACUCGAAAUGG